GUGGGCACAGGUGGGUGGCACUGGUGGGCACAGGUGGGUGGCACUGGUGGGUGGGCAAAGGUGGGUGGCACUGCUGGGCACAGGUGGGGGCACUGCUGGGCACAGGUGGGGGCACUGCUGGGCACAGGUGGGGGCACUGCUGGGAACGGGUGGGCGGGGCUAGUGGGCGCACUGCUGGGCGGAACUUGCGGGUGUCACUGCUGGGCACCGAUCAUCAGGGCACUGAUCAUCAGUGCCCUGAUGAUCGGUGCCGAUCCCCGCUCUGACAACUGCCGGUUCUCGGCAGUACUUUCCUCACGAUCUGACAGCGUGAGGAAAGUGCAGCUGAGAACCGGCACUUGC